AUGGUUCACUUUGAUGCAGAAAAGGAGAGAAUGCAGGACAUUACCUGGCGUCAAUUCGGGCUGUAUGUUGCGGAAAGACAAUGGGCCACUGUUCGUGAAGAUUAUAGUGCUGAUGGUGAUGCUUGGUCAUCCUUUAGUUUCGAUGAUUCCAAAAGUCGUGCCUACAGAUGGGGUGAAGACGGUAUUGCAGGUGUGUCUGAUAGAAAACAAUUCAUCAACAUUACAAUGGCAUUGUGGAAUGGUAAAGAUCCAAUUCUUAAAGAAAAAUUGUUUGGGGUUACCAAUUCCCAAGGUAACCAUGGUGAGGAUGUCAAAGAACAAUAUUACUACCUCGACAACACUCCAACCCAUUCUUACAUGAAAUACUUGUACAAGUACCCACAAAAUGAGUAUCCUUACAAGCAAUUGGUUGAAGAGAACCAAAAAAGAUCAAGAUUGGAAAGAGAAUUUGAAAUCACUGAUACUGAUUUAUUUAAAAACAAUGAAUAUUUUGAUGUUGUAUUUGAAUCUGCAAAGGGUGAUCAUCCUCAUGAUUUAUACUUUAGAAUCACUGCUUAUAACAGAAGUGAUAAAGCUGCUCCAUUGCAUAUCUUACCCCACUGUACCUUGAGAAACAUCUGGGCAUGGGGAAGUGAUGAAUAUGUUGACAUUGACAAACCAAGUGUUACAAAAGUCGAUGAUUACACUAUUGAAGUUAAUACUCAAAAAUUUGGUAAACGUUACUUGGCAUUUGCACCUUCCCCUGGUGUAACCGAAAAUGAUCCAGAUAUUGAACCAGAGUUGAUUUUCACUGAAAAUGAAACCAACACUCAAAGAUUGUACAACCAAGAAAACAAGCACAAAUAUGUCAAGGAUGGUUUCCAUGAUUAUGUUGUUGAUAAAGAAAAAGGUGCCGUUAACCCUGAUAAAACCGGUACCAAAGCUGCUGCUUGGUUCACUUUUGAUAAUGUUCCAGCUGGUGAUUAUGUCACCAUUCGUUAUAAGUUCACCAGAGACAAGAGCGAAGUUGAUGAAUAUGAAUUGGAUCAAAUAUUCACCCAACGUCAAGCCGAGGCUGAUGAAUUUUACUGGAAAGUCAGUCCAUUCCCACUUUCUGAAGAUCUUAGAAGUAUUCUUCGUCAAGGUUUUGCAGGUUUGCUUUGGACCAAACAAUUCUAUUAUUUUGCCCAUAACUACUGGGCCAAUGGUGAUCCAAACACCAUUAAGCCACCAAUGAAUAGAGCCAACGGUAGAAACAAAGAAUGGGGACAUUUGUACUCUGACGAAGUUUUAUCUUUACCUGACAAAUGGGAAUAUCCAUUCUUUGCUGCCUGGGAUUCUGCAUUCCACUGUAUUCCAUUUGCUAUGAUUGAUCCGAAUUUCGCCAAAAAUCAAAUUUCUAGUUUACUUCGUGAAUGGUACUUGCAUCCAAAUGGUCAAAUUCCUGCUUAUGAAUGGAACUUUAGUGAUGUCAAUCCUCCAGUUCAUGCCUGGGCCGCUUAUCGUGUUUUUAAACUUGAAAGAAAAAUGCAUGGUAAAGAAGAUAUUACAUUCUUGGAAUCCACUUUCCACAAGUUGUUGCUUAACUUCACCUGGUGGGUUAACAGAAAGGAUGCUGAAGGUAGAAAUGUCUUGAAGGUGGUUUCUUAG